AUGUAUUGCGUUCAAAAGUUCUUGCUUGACAACCACAUCUCUCCCUACUCGCGCGACCCCGAUCAGCCAAUCCAAAAAGCCUCAUCGCAUCUCGCAUCCCCUACACUUGAAUCCCAACCAUUACACAAUUCUAUCCUGGCCAGUCCUCCUACGGAUCCCAUCUUUCGAAGCCUGGAGACAAGACGCGGAGGCAGCCAACGGAGCAAGUCCCGCGAACCACUUCUUACCUAUCCACGAGCGGAUGGAUCGUAG